AUGCAAGUUAGCUCUAACGUAUCUUCGCACGGACGUCGGUCGUCAGACUCAGAGCCGCUUGUGUCGAAUGCAGUUUCAUCAAUCUCGAGUCCCGUCUAUGCUACUAGACAGGCUAGUCGUGCUGCUAACCAGAUCCCAGUAAGAUCUCAGAUCCAAUCUCAGUCUCAUAACACUGCUCAGUCCCAAGCUUCUAUACACCAGCACCGUCAAAAUCAUCAUCAGCAUCAGCAUCAUCAGACACCAGCAGCAACACAAACGGCGGCAGGAAAAUCCACUUCGUUUCAAUCGUCGCAGGUGGGGCAGUAUCCAUCAGCUUUCCACCCACAGUCCCACCAACAGAGCCUUCACCGGUUGGCACACGCGUUGCAGUCUCAGCAACAGCAGCAUCAUUAUCAACAACAAAUAAGGCAGACAGCCCCUACUCACCAAUCUCACCACAAUUAUCAUCAGCAAUCUGCACAAAACGAACACCAUCAAGAGCAUCCGCAACAACGUUAUAAAAAUAAGGAGUAUUAUCAACAGCAGGAGAAACUACAGCAUCUACAGGCCUCAGUUCACCCUCGUGGAGGGCAACAGGCACAUGCUAAAGAAGAGCAUUCUCAUGGUCGACCAAUUAAUGGGGCCUUGGGUGAGCUCUGCUAA